GUUAAAAUGGGUGAACUUACCUAGAUCAGCAUAUGCUCCUUCACGUUAAAACCCCACUCGCCCCUCUCUCUCUGUCUCGCUCUCUCUCUCUCCAUGAACUCCUUGUUCUGCUCCCGGAGGAGUUCGAGGGUUUGGAGGCUCUACAGGUUCUAAGAUCAAAUGAGAUUUUUGUUUGUUGCCUGCAAGGAACUGUGGCUUAUUGGUGGUUACAUUUUUCAGCAACUUGUUAUACAUCAGAAUCAUCUAGGGAGUAGUAUUGGUACUGCUAGUUGCUUUAUGAACAAUGUCGAUGGCUCCAAUUCAAAAAACUGUUCAGUAUUGUUGUGUAUCAAAGGAUGGACGAAUUCUAUACGCACAUAGAAGUGGAGACCAGGAGAUCGAGAAAUUGGCAGCAUUGUGCCUGGAAAGGACCCCUCUGUAUCACAAAUGGUACUUUCAGACUAUGGGUAAAAAAACUUUUGGAUUUCUUGCAGAAGAUGGGUAUGUCUACUUUGCUAUUGUGCAGGAGGGUGUUGGUAAUUCAGGGGUCCUUCGAUUUUUGGAACAAGUUAGGGAUGAAGUCAGGAAAUUGUCGAAUAGGAGCUUUUUAACCAGAAAUAAAUCAAGUCUGCGCUCGCUCUGCAUACAGGAACAACUAGCUCCUUUCAUUUAUCAAUUGAUUACUUCCUUAGAACAUGUUUCUCAGACUGCUUGUAAUGAAUGGCCAGCAGAGGCUUCCUCACCGCAUCAAGCAGAAUUGUCUCCAUCAUUGACUUAUGAUGCUAAUGGGCAAGUCGAAGCUGCUGCUUCCACAAAGUUACCUUUGUUGGUCAAUAAGUCUAACAAGCAAGAAAAGAAGAAGAAGAAGACGAUGAUGAUGAUGAAGGAUCAUGUCAUUGCAAUGAGAGACAUUGAGUUGGAGGAGCACCAUACGUCUACUGAUAGAGGAGUUGUCAAGGUUGAUACAGGAACUCUGGAAUCUGAUUGCCAGAGUGGUGUGGCUUCUACAGUUUCAUUGCACAAGGAUCUUGCUUUAAUGAGGACAAGGUCAGGUAACAAAAGCUUCCGAAAAAAGUGGUGCCGCCAAGUAAGAAUUAUUCUUGCAGUAGAUGCAGCUGUAUGUUUGGUUUUAUUUUUGAUUUGGUUGAUAAUUUGUGGUGGUUUUGAGUGCAUCCGGUGAAAUUGAACCACUUCCCGUCCGACUUGCUUCUUUUAUGUCCCACUUGGAACCUAAUCAGUAAUCUGAAUUGAACUGAAACCUGGAGUUUGGAGUCUUCUGAAAAUUCUGGUUGAUAUCAAUUUUGGGGAAGACCUCUGCAUGAAUGAUGAUCAAAUGAAAGCAACCAACUUGUGUUGUUAAAGGGAUUUGAUGUCCUUGUGAAGGUACGAGCAAAAUUAUGCAGCUUUCGGCAUCAUUUUGAGGAACUUAUCCAUUCAGUAAUGUUCUUUUUGUUGAUACAUUUGAGGAUGCCCGACAUGUUUCCAAAGUGUGAUGUUAUUGGUUUGCAGUUAAUUCACAUUUGCUGCCGUUGUAUUAUCAGUCUUGUCGAAGUUAAAUUAGUGUAAUGUAAGAUGAUACGUCAGAUUUAUUUGCAUUGCAUGUUAUUGGUACAUGAAUAACACUGGCUUUCCAUGUA